CAAAAUAAUAAUAAUAAUAAGCGACGGCGCAGGCGCUUUAAACACCAAUUGUAAUACAUAUAUAUACCUAAGAUACAAUCGUGUGGCACACGACGUGUGCGCUAGAACUUAAAAGACAGCUCUCACAUAAAGUUUAAUUCGAUUGUUUUAACAAGUGUCAUAGUGUCAAAACGAAAAAAUCUGCUAGGUUUUUUUUAAUCUGCAAAUAAAUUCGGUGCCCACAAAAAUUGUUAUUUUUCGGAUUAUGCCCAGAAAGGAACAAUACUACACAAGGGUAGGAGAAAAACCCCAUUCGCAAUGGGGCGGAUUAGCGAAUAUCAUCCCUUGGCCGCAUCGGAAUGUCCACCACGAAAGGAUGCCAGUCGAGAGUCCGAGCAUAUCUGCGUGUACAACUCAAACGAACCUGUCAUCGUUGGACUUGCAGUCAUCAUCAACGAUCAACAUUCAGAUCGGCUUUCAAAGGAAAAUGUUGGGGGAAAAUUUAAAGAACGCCAUUCCAGAGGUGGAACCUCUCAACGCAAGAAAAGAGGAGCUAGAACUUACCAUUCCAGAAGAUGCGCCAAGAUCCUUUAAGUUUACGCAAGCGAAAACACAGUUAUUGGCUGCAGUGGCGGUAUCAUGGGUUUCUAUGAUCAUCGGUUACUCUUCUGCCUACACAGCUCCAGCAGAGCACUCUUUAGAAGAAGAUUUUGGUCUAAAGGAUGACAAGAUGACAUGGGUCACCAGUCUAAUGCCUUUGGGCGCCUUGGUUGGCGGAAUUUUCGGCGGGACUUUUAUCGAAUACCUAGGACGAAAAUGGACUUUAUUGGUCACCAAUAUUUUAUUUUUGACCGCUUGGACCAUCACUUAUCUUGCCCAAAACGAAUUCUACUUGUACAUCAGCAGAACUAUGAUUGGUACUAGCGUUGGUAUAGCCUCUCUAACUCUGCCUGUUUAUUUGGCUGAAACAAUCCAACCUGAGGUCCGCGGUACUUUAGGCUUGUUGCCCACCGCUUUCGGUAAUAUUGGUAUCCUGGUUUGCUAUUUAUUCGGAACCAUCUAUCAAUGGCAAGAGUUGGCUUUGGUCGGGAUAAUCCUUUCCGUUCCGUUUAUGGUGCUUUUUAUCUGGCUUAUACCGGAAACGCCCAGAUGGUUCAUCUCCAAGGGAGAGCUGGAUAAAUCCAGAAACGCUUUGAAAUGGCUGAGAGGUUCUGAAGCUAACAUCGAUAAGGAAUUCAACGAACUGGCUGAAAACCAAAAGCAAUCCGAGGAGAACUUCAACAUGAAGGAUCUUUUCACUAGAAACAACGUUAAAUUGCUGUUCAUUGUGCUUGGGUUGAUGUUUUUCCAGCAAAUGAGCGGCAUCAACGCCGUCAUCUUCUACACUACGAAAAUCUUCGAAGCCGCAGGUUCCAGCCUGGAUAAAACCGUAUGCACCACGAUUGUAGGAGUAGUGAACUUCGUAUCGACCUUCAUUGCCGCCACCUUAAUCGACAAACUCGGGAGGAAGAUCCUUCUGUACAUUUCCAGUGUCGCCAUGAUGGUCUCCUUGGCCGUCCUUGGGGCCUAUUUCUACUUGAAGAAUCACGGCGUGGACGUGAACGAGUACGGAUGGCUGCCGUUGGCGGUGUUCAUCAUUUACGUGCUUGGAUUUUCGUUGGGCUUCGGCCCGAUUCCAUGGUUGAUGAUGGGCGAGAUUUUGCCGGCCAAAAUCAGGGGCACAGCGGCCUCCAUCGCGACCGGAUUCAACUGGCUGUGCACUUUUAUUGUAACCAAAACCUUUUUGCUUAUCAUUGGAGCUAUCGGCGAGGAAGGUACUUUUUGGCUGUACGGGGCUAUCGUCACAAUAGCUUUGGUGUUUGUAAUCCUAUUUGUGCCGGAAACCAGAGGCCAAAGUCUGCAGGAUAUUGAAAGAAAGUUGGCAGGAAUCAAGGUUAGAAGAAUGAGCUCUUUAGCCAAUUUGAAACCUUUCCCCUCGACAUUGGCCUAGGUUUGAGGAGUUGAAUCUCUAAGUCUUAAGUAUUUAUAUUUAAAAAAUUUUAAAGAUAUAUUUUUAUAUGUAGUUUUUUUUCUUUUAUACUUCCUCCUCCUUUGGAGAUUUCCUAGCUUAGGUGUAAUGUAUCAUUACAUUUAUGACAAUUAGGUGAGAAUAUAUUUGUGAUAUUUGUUGUAAAUAAACGAACGUAGUUAUA